CGCUGAGAAAAUAUCUACACCAAUUGUGACAACGCAUAGAAAUGGAUUUGGACUCGGCCUCGAGGAGCGCGGCGGCCAUCUCAAAGAAGCGCACGCGGAUUCUGCUCUCGUGCGCGCCAUGCCGAAACUCCAAGCUCAAGUGUGACCGCGGGCAGCCAUGCGGGCAGUGCGCCAAAAAGGGCCGGCUGGAUUUGUGUGUCUAUGCGCCAAAGCCGGAGAAGAAGAGGCCGGCGGCAAAGGGCGUUGCGGCUCGACUCAAGAGGCUGGAGGGCAUGGUUCGGGAGAUGAUGGACGAUGAGGGCGGCCCCAAGCCUCAGGCGAAUCAAGAUGCGGGCGAGCCUGUUGCGCCGCAGGUCAAGGGGCAAGUCGUUCACGGAGACCAUGCGACGACUUAUAUAGGCGCGACUCACUGUUUGGCGAUGCUCGAAGAUAUUGAGGAUAUCAAAGCCUAUUUUGACGACCCCGGCGAGUCGGAAGAGGAGUUUGGGCCGGGCGACGAGCUGGAAGGGCCAGAGAUGCUUCUGUACUCGAGAGGAGCGCCGCGCAAUCGACAAGAGCUUCUCGCUCAGCUGCCCGAACGGCAUGUGGUGGAUCGGCUGGUUACGCGAUACUUUUCAUCCAAAAGCCCAUCUCAGCAUAUCAUUCACCGCCCGACAUUUACAAGAGAUUACGUGCAAUUCUGGCAAAAUCCCAACCAAGCCUCGCUUCACUGGAUAGCCCUCCUAUUUGCGGUCCUCACCAUGGGCGUGUUUUUUAACAACUUUUCCGCGCCCGACGAGGUCGAAGGGGAUUCUCCAUUCUCUAUAAAGGACAGAAUCAGGCAGUACCGCUCAGCUGCGGGAUGGGCGUUGAUAGCGGGCAAAUACUCCCAGCCAACGGCCGUGACGAUCCCCGCCUUUAUUCUCUACGUCGAGGCCGACUUUGUCCUCAACCGGGCGGCUCAGAUGAACUGCUACAUCCUGUCGGGCGUCUGCCUGCGGCUGAUGCUCAAGAUGGGCUUCCACCGAGACCCGUCCCUCCUCGCCAACAUCUCCCCCUUUGAAGGCGAGAUGCGCCGGCGGCAGUGGAACAUGGCUGUCCAGAUCGACCUCCUCGUCUCUUUUCACAUGGGACUGCCGAGCAUGCUUGGUGGGAUCGAGGCCGACACAGAGUUGCCUCGCAACCUAGAGGACGACGACUUUGAUGAUGGCUGCAAGGAGCUACCAACACCACGACCCGACUCGGUCUACUCAACCAUGACUUAUGCCAUUCACAAGUCCAGGCUCCUCCGGGUGUUCAGGAAAAUCGCCCAACAAGCCCAUUCGCUAACGCCGCCGAGCUACAGCGAAGUGCUACAACUAGACAACCUCCUCAAGGAAGCCUGGAACAGCGUCCCCUCAUUCAUGUACGUCAAGCCACUGGAAGAGUGCAUCGGCGAGGAGCCCCACCAGAUCAUCCAGCGAUACGGACUCGCCUCCCUAUACCACAAGUGCCGCUGCGUCCUGCAUCGCCGCUAUCUCGCCGAAGCCGUGCCAAAGCCCGAGCACGACUACUCGCGGAACCAAUGCCUGGAUGCCGCCAUAACACUACUGGGCUUUCAGUAUUCCUCUUGGCUGGGAACCCGGCCUGGAAACGUCCUCGGCCGCUCUGGCUGGUUCAUGACCUCGCUGGCGGUGCAUGAUUUUAUGCUAGCGGCCAUGAUAUUGUAUCUCACCAUUCAGAAUGAAAGCUACUCGGACGACGGCAAUGGCUUCGGCACGGCAGGCAGGCAGAGGGAUUCGCCGUCCAAGGACGAGCUGAUUGACAUGAUUCAACAAUCGUAUGACAUUAGCCGUCAGGUAUUCAAUAAAUUGACGGAUCUAAAGAAGACGGCGGAUACGCUGGCCGUCAUGCUGGCCAAAGUUGGGAGACCAGUCAACAGCAGCGCCUCAGCUCCAUCAAGUACGCAUCCAAGUGGAGGGGAAUCGUCCCGGUCAGCAUCCAGCCAUGCAAUAUCAUCCUCUCUGGACGUAACUGGAAAUGUGUCUGACUAUGCAACCACUAUAUAUACUAACAAGGGGGGACGUCUAGAUUCCUCCUCAAGCUCUGGGCCAACUCCAUUCGCCCAAGGACACCCAGCCACCACUGCCGCCAAUACGUCAACCAUUCUUAGUAACGGCAAUGCGCCAAUGGCACCUAACAUUGACCAAUUUGACAUGUCGUGGAUGUUAUCUGCGAAUAACGUAGACUGGAGACACCUUGAUGCUUCCCUCGCCCAAAAUGUGGUGGGCGACUCGGGAUCCGACGCUGCUCAGACGUGGGCGGAGAGGCUACAGCUCGAUGAUGUGGAUAUGAUAACCACUGAUCUUUGGAGUAUGCCUUCAGGAGGGCGAAGCCAAGGAAUUUAGCACCAUGGGGGAAAGGGCAUAUAAUGACAUGUUAAUAAUUAUGACGAACCAAGGCGCUCGCUGCUACCAUAUAUUUCCUCAAAGGGAUGAUAUUUGGAUAAUUAUUAGUAAUGAGGAUCCAUUACGCG